AUGGACGAAAACAGCCCUCUGUCUCCCAAGGCAAAUGCUUUCAGUAUCGCCUCUCUGAUUUCAGUCGCCGCCGCCGAGCAAGCAGGGAAAGGAGCGCUGGAGGAGCGCCGCGGCGGCCGCAUCGCGCCCGCCCGCCCCGGCUGCCGCCCGCAGAAGAUGCACUUCAGCACCGUCACCAGGGACAUGGAAGCUAUCUCCAGCCCCUGGCUCACCCAGCUGUCCCAUUUUUGCGAUGUUGCAGCUUUCACGGCCAACAGCCUGAGCAGCCUGAACGCCUCCGGGGGGUACCACCUCUCCCCCUCCCCGGGGGACCCGUACGGACAACAUGAGCCGCCGCACUACGAGCCCUGCACGGCUCAGCAGCACCCGCACCCGCCGCCCCAGCCCCAGCACGGCUACCCUUUCGGCGGGGCGGCGGCGGCGGCCGGGACCAACCCGCCGGCCCCGGGCCCCGAGCAGCCCGAGGGCGCCGGUGGAGCCUCUGCGGGGCCGGCCGCAGUCUCGGGUUGCUCUGCGGGGGCGGCCGCCGCGGCCAAGGCGCCGGUGAAGAAGAACCCGAAGGUGGCCAACGUGAGCGUCCAGCUAGAGAUGAAGGCGUUGUGGGACGAGUUCAACCAGCUGGGCACCGAGAUGAUCGUCACCAAGGCAGGCAGGCGCAUGUUCCCCACCUUCCAGGUGAAGAUAUUCGGGAUGGACCCUAUGGCUGACUACAUGCUCCUCAUGGAUUUUGUCCCGGUGGAUGACAAGCGAUACCGGUACGCCUUCCACAGUUCCUCCUGGCUGGUGGCCGGCAAAGCCGACCCCGCCACCCCCGGGAGAGUCCAUUACCACCCGGACUCCCCGGCCAAAGGGGCGCAGUGGAUGAAGCAGAUCGUUUCCUUCGAUAAGCUCAAACUGACCAACAAUUUGCUGGAUGACAACGGGCAUAUCAUUUUGAACUCCAUGCACAGAUACCAGCCGCGUUUUCACGUGGUCUACGUGGACCCCCGGAAAGACAGCGAGAAGUACGCGGAGGAGAACUUCAAAACUUUCGUCUUCGAGGAGACGCGCUUCACGGCAGUGACCGCCUACCAGAACCACCGGAUCACGCAGUUGAAGAUUGCAAGUAACCCUUUUGCCAAGGGAUUCAGAGACUGCGACCCUGAGGACUGGCCCAGGAACCACAGGCCAGGGGCUCUUCCUCUCAUGAGCGCUUUUGCCAGAUCCCGCAAUCCAGUCUCUUCUCCAGCCCACCAGAACGGGACAGAGAAAGAUGCUGCCGAGAGCCGGCGGGAGUUCGAGCGGGAGGCGGGCGGGACGGCGCUGCACCAGGCCGAGGCCGCGCACCAGCAGCUCAUGUCCCGCGUGCUCAGCCCCGCGCUGCCGGGCGGAGGCGGCGGGCUGGUGCCGCUGGCCGGGGCGGGCGGCGGCCGGCCCAGCCCGCCGCACCACGAACUGCGCCUGGAGCCCGCCGCGUCGGAGCCGCUGCAUCACCAUCCCUACAAGUACCCGCCGGCGGCGGCCGCCGCCUACGACCACUACCUAGGGGCGAAGAGCCGGCCCGCCCCCUACCCCCUCCCCAGCAUCCGCGGGCACAGCUACCACCACCAUCACCACCACCACAUGAACGCGGCGGCCGCGGCGGCGGCGGCCGCCAACAUGUACUCGCCGGCCGGGGCGCCCGCCGGCUACGACUACGGGCCCCGGUAA